AACAUGAGGCUAAGGGGGACUCUUGUGUCCCAAACAGUAUCUACAUCCUGAGCAGCUGCCCCAGCAGUGGAGCUCAGCCCAGGCAGAGCCUCAGAGCCAUGCUGCUCCCUUGGCCUGUUCCAGGGGCUUUGCUUCCAUAUCCUUCGGUGGACAAGAACCGUUGCCUCUUGGCACUACAGAGGGCCCAGACGCACGAGAAUGCGGAGAUGCCAAAACCGCCGUGCCGCUGUGAUUCUGCACCUUGCCGCUCUUGAGAGAAGCUUUGGAAGACAGCAGAAUGGGAUCGGGAUGCCCAGACAGGAAGGGCGGGCGUGGGCAUGCUGGCCCUCACGUUCCGGACAGGAAGAUGGGAAAGCGAUGACGUCGCAGGGCAGGGCCCGCUGUUGUGGUCUUUCUGGGAAGCGUCUUCGUUGUGCAGCUAGGAGACUGUUUUCCGCCAGCCCUUGUUCUCCUCCCCGUUCCACCCAACACGGUCUGGCUGCAGCAGUGCUACUAGGGGUGGACCUUGGGAUGGAAGCGCAGGGCCCCAGCUCACAGGCUUGGCCAAGGGUCUCCCUAGCAGGCUGUAACUGCACCACUGCAAUACACAAAUACACAUUACCCUCGGAAGGGGAGGGGGCCAGAAGCCCAUUUCCCAACUUCACCCUUGCGUACUAGGCAGCGGGAAUUCUGCCGGCUGAGAUUGCUUUCUGGCUCCUCCCAAGCAGUUAUUUAUUGAUACUUUGACGAGGUGUCAUCCCACAUCUGCUUGGCUGAGCUUGGGACAGGAAUCAAAGACCGGAGGCCGAUUCCUUGGAGUUCUGCUUUUGGAACUCCCUGCAGAAAAGCUCAGGUGCCUCCCAGAAGCCUCGCAGCACCCAGGCCGGCCCUCUCGGCAGAAUGCUGCUUCUUCCCAGCUGCCUGCUCUUCUCAGGCCUCCUGCUCUGCGCUGCAGAUCAAUUUUUGCUGGCGGCACAGAGGGUCAUGAACACAACUCCUGCCAUAGAUGGGCACAACGACUUACCCUGGCAGAUGCUCAGCAGAUUCAAUAACCAGCUCUCCUUGGAGUCGGCUAACCUGUCUCAGCUGCAAGGCACCCACACCAACAUCCCCAAGCUGCAGGCUGGUCGCGUGGGGGCCCAGUUCUGGGCAGCCUAUGUGCCCUGUGAGACCCAGAACAAGGAUGCUGUGAAGCGAACCCUGGAACAGAUAGACGUCAUCCAUCGUAUGUGUCUUCAGUACCCAGCAACCUUUGUGUGUGUCACCGACAGUGCAGGGAUUGAGGAAGCCUUCCGCAGUGGCCAUGUGGCCAGCCUGAUUGGUGUGGAGGGUGGGCACUCCAUUGAUAGCAGCUUGGGCGUCCUGCGCACCUUCUACCAGCUAGGAGUCCGCUACAUGACCCUUACUCACAGCUGCAACACUCCCUGGGCUGAUAACUGGCUGGUGGACACGACAGCAGAGCAACCAGUUCACCACGGGCUGUCUGACUUUGGGAAGCGUGCGGUUAAGGAGAUGAACCGCUUGGGCAUGAUGGUGGACCUGGCUCACGUCUCUGUGGAGACCAUGAAUGACGCCUUGAGCGUCUCCCAAGCACCAGUCAUAUUCAGCCACUCCUCUGCCUAUGCAAUCUGCACCCACCGACGCAACGUACCGGACGACGUGCUCCGCCGAGUGAAAGAGACCCGCAGCCUCGUGAUGGUCAACUUCUACAAUGAGUACGUGUCCUGCAGCUCUAAUGCCUCCCUGGCUCAGGUAGCCGAUCACAUGGACUAUGUCAAGCGCACAGCCGGGGCGGAGGCUGUUGGACUUGGAGGAGAUUAUGAUGGAGUUUCCAGCGUCCCAGUUGGCCUAGAGGAUGUCUCCAAGUACCCAGACUUGAUUGCAGAGCUCCUGAGGAGGAACUGGAUGGAGAGUGAAGUGAGGGGGGCUCUUGCAGGCAACCUGUUGCGAGUCCUCAAGGAAGUGGAGCAGGUGCGGGACAGGAUGUCUUCUGAAGCCAUCGCACCUGACGACGUGCCCAUUGCAUUUGAGGAGCUGCAGGGACCGUGUCGGACCCACUAUGGGUACCCUGUGGUCGUCAACGGGAACGGGCCCAGCCACCUGCCUGCUGUGACUGUGCUCCUCCUCCUGGCUGCAUGGCUUCUGUAGAGAGCCCCGAACCCAGGGAGCGCCACUGAGCAGGUUGCACUGGGAAGCCGGCAGCUCUCCUCUCACCCUGGCCCGAUUUUGUGUGCGAGGAAAUUCAGCAAAACCAGCUGUUUUCCUCCUCUCAGUAUGAUUUAUGAUUGGAUCAUGAUGGGGUUUUUUAAAAGUUUGAAAGAACUUUUUGACAGCGGAAUUCAA